GAUUGCUGUAAAACCUUUUUGUUUAUCAUAAAUUUUAUACACAUUGCUAUUAAAUACGCACAAAAAAUGGAAUUAAUUGAUAAUGAUAUUCGCCAAUGGGAUGCGAAUGAUGUAAAGGAGCAGUUUGGCGACAACCUGAUGUUAUUGCCUUCUAAUGAUAACAUAAAGGAACUACAAACGAUACUUCGAGACAAGAAUACAUCUCGAAGUGAUUUCAAGUUCUAUGCUGAUCGCCUGAUUAGACUUGUUAUUGAAGAGAGUUUGAAUAAGCUACCAUUCACGGAUUGUGAAGUUAUUACGCCAACAGGAGCUCUAUAUAAGGGUUUAAAAUAUGGAUCUGGAAAUUGUGGGGUUUCUAUUGUUAGAUCGGGAGAGGCCAUGGAGCAGGGCUUGCGAGAUUGUUGUCGAUCCAUACGCAUAGGGAAAAUUCUGGUAGAGAGUGACAAUGACACUCAUGAAGCACAUGUUGUAUAUGCAAAGUUCCCUGAAGAUAUUGCUCGAAGGCAGGUACUUUUAAUGUACCCCAUUAUGUCUACUGGUAACACUGUCAAACAGGCAGUAAAUGUGCUCACACAGCAUGGUGUCAAAGAAGAGCGUAUUAUACUCUCCAAUCUAUUUUGUACUCCCGCAGCAGCACAGGCUGUAGUCGAUUAUGUACCGAAGAUGAAAAUACUCACCUCAGAACUACACCCAGUGGCUCCAAACCACUUUGGACAGAAAUACUUUGGAACCGACUGAUAUGAGGACGACUUUGAGUGACUAUUGACUAAUAGUUUUUUUUUUGUAAUUUGACGUGCCCUCCUUGAGUUGCAGUUUAUUACAGUUUAAGUUGAGCAACAAUGUUUCUUAUAUUGUUAAUAAGAGAAGCUUAUAAUUUAUUUUAUUAUGUAAUAGUAAACUGUCUCUUUAUGUAUAUUUUUUUAUUAUUAUUGUGAUUUAGUUUCUAUUCAGCGUUAUAACCUAAAAUGAAAUUAAUUUAUAUAAAAGUGUAUGGCUAUAAAUGUAAAGCUUGUAUUAUUUAUCUUUAUACAGAUUUAUUAAUCUGUACAUAAGAUUAUGUUAAAGCUUAGCUUAAGGACUUUACUUUGUAUCAGAAAUCUCU